AUGCCUCAUAUUCCAGGAGCCUUCUUGAUCCCAUAUUUUCUGACGGCUUUGUUCUGCGGUAUUCCAUUGGUUUUUACUGAAACCUUAAUUGGACAACUGACAAGAAGGUCGGCAAUAAAAUGCUUCAACUUCAGUCCACUAAUGGUCUGGGCCGAUGCUGGAAGUCAAAUAUUUUAUUCCUACGCUGUCACGUGCGGGGCCUUAAUAGCUUUAGGAACUCAUAACAAAUUGACUCACAAUUGCUUUUUGUAUUUUUAA